AUGAUUGAGGCAAGGAAUUUGGUGGAAUCAACUCAACUUGAGGCUAGGAAUAACAGGAGCAUGAUUAGGAAAAUAUACUACCGGAUGAUGGGCCAAUUACCAAGAGUGGAAUGGAAGUUGUUUAUGUUUGGGAAUGAUGCAAGGGCUAAAGUUAAAUUCACCAUGUGGCUAUACUUUCAGGACAGGAUGAUGACAAGUGACAGGCUGGCUCGAUGGGGAAUGCAGGUGGAUACCAUAUGUGUACUAUGCCAAUCAUAUGAUGAAAGCAGAAAUCAUACGUUUGUUGAAUGCGAGUUUGCUAAGAGUAUAUGGAAGAGAAUACUACAAUGGAUGCAAAGGCAACCUUUUUGGGCAAAUUCAUGGGACCAACAUUGGAAGUGGGCAAUUGAUCAUGCAAAAGGGCAAUCAAGAAGUGCAGCAGUCCUCAAAAUGGUAUAUGCUGGACAAUACACAUGA